CCCGCUUAAAAGCGAAGCUAUUAGCAUCUGGCCAAAAUAUUUAUUCGGGUUUCUCAUCUUGUAGAUUUCCUAGCGGGACAGUAAAACAACCCGGGAAAGAUGCAGAUCUUCGUGAAAACCCUAACUGGAAAGACCAUUACUCUCGAGGUUGAGAGCAGCGAUACCAUCGACAAUGUCAAGGCCAAGAUUCAGGACAAAGAAGGUAUACCUCCUGAUCAACAGAGGCUUAUAUUUGCGGGUAAACAGUUGGAAGAUGGCCGGACCUUAGCAGAUUACAAUAUCCAAAAGGAAUCAACACUUCAUCUUGUUCUGAGGCUUAGGGGAGGAACUAUGAUCAAGGUGAAGACACUAACAGGUAAAGAAAUUGAAAUCGAUAUUGAGCCAACUGAUACUAUUGAACGUAUCAAGGAGCGGGUUGAAGAGAAAGAAGGAAUUCCACCAGUCCAACAAAGGCUCAUUUAUGCUGGCAAACAGCUUGCAGAUGACAAAACUGCUAAAGAUUACAACAUUGAGGGUGGCUCUGUUCUUCACCUGGUCCUUGCUCUGAGGGGUGGGGGUCUUUAGAUAGCUCUAUUAGAUGCUUGGAAUUUGCAAUGAAGUACUUAAACUCUGUAUACCUGUUGAGAACCCAGGAAAAUUGUGCCUAAAGCACAAGAUUUUUUAAAUUUGCCUCUAGACGUACAAUCUUAUUUCCUAUAAGCAGCUUCAUGUUCUCUUUGUUCUUACAAGGACUGUGCUUGAGAUGAUACUUCUAAUUAAUGAAAAUCGUAAUCACGGCUGUAUAAUGGGACCAUGGUUAUUUGUUACCUGUAAGCAGUAUGCUUCUACUGUC